CGCGUGUUUCAAAGGAGACAAGAUUCACCCUUGUCGACGGCUUAAGCUCAAAUUGCCCGGUUCAGCAUUUAAUCUGUUCAAGAUUAAAUUUAGACCACUUUUAAACGUAGAAAAGCAAACCGGGUAAAAUUGAAAAUAGACCUGUUUCAUUAUUUUUUAAAUUAAAUUAAACAAAAUUUUAACUUUACCGAGGUUAUUCUUUCCCUCCAACACUGUUUCAAUAGUGAGGUUUUGUUAUUCCCCGGAUUUCGUUUAGGGCUGCUUUUCCUGUGCUUGCAAGCGGGAAUAAAAGCAGACUAUGUCAAUGGAUAUCAGGAAGUUUCUGACGUCUCCAGCACAGAAAAAUCAAGCGGCCAAAACUUCACAAUUGGGCAACAAGAAGAAAACAACAAAUAGCCGUAAAAGAGCUUUAAUUGAAUCUGAUUCGGACAAUGAAGAUGAUAAUUUCAAAACACCUAAGAAAAGCAAACAAAAAGAGUCUCCUAAGUCAAACAAGAAAAAUAAAGAUGGAAAGAAAUCAAAAUAUUUUGAGAACAGUAAAGACAUCUCCCGUAAUUUUUUCGGCUCGCAGCCUAUCAAGCAAACUAAACCAGAUGUGAAGGAAAAGAGUUCAUCUAAUGGAAAAAAAGAGGAGCUCUGGGAAACACUCGAAGGACUCAGUGAUGAUGCAUUAGAUGAAGUCUUAAGUGUUGAGAAUAAAAAUACUCCCAGCAAAGAUAUUUCUGAUGUUGAAAUUAAUGAGAAACCAAAACAACCUACAUUGCCUGAAAAGAUCUCGACACGCUCUUCUCCUGUUAAAAUUUCUCCAAAAAAAAAAUUUCCAAAGUCAAAAACUACUGUUAAAACGCCUAACAAAACAAAUUCAAAUGGAGCACAAACGCCAGACAAAACACCUACAAAACGAAAUAUUAAAUCAGUCGAAGAAGAAAAUGAGAAUGUAAAAGUCAAGAAGGGAUCUGAUGGGAGUAGGGUUUAUGAUAAAAAUAAGACCAACGAUAAAAAUGAUAAUAAAACAAAAGAGGUGAAAAAUUCAGAAGUAAAAUCUUUCAAACAAUUUGUACCAGACCAGGCCAAACCACCAGUGUUAGACCUCUGGGUUGACAAAUACAAGCCAACCAAUUUGAAAGCACUUAUUGGACAACAAGGGAAUAAAAGCGUUGCAAACAAACUUGUCCACUGGCUUAAAAACUGGCAUCGUAACCAAUUUGGAAAUGUAAAACCUCUGAGACCAAGUCCUUGGCUUAAGGACUACGACGGCGCAUUUUACAAAGCAGCUCUACUAUCUGGCCCUCCUGGAAUUGGCAAAACAACAACAGCUCAUUUAGUUUGCAAAGAGCUAAACAUGGAUCUAGUUGAGUACAAUGCUUCAUGUACUAGGAGCAAGAAGAUGCUUCACGACGAGAUCACUGAACUAUUAACCAGCAAAUCGCUUUCACAUUACGCUCACGGAGGUAGUUCCACAAGUAAGACACAUGUGCUAAUCAUGGACGAAGUCGAUGGAAUGGCUGGCAAUGAGGACCGAGGAGGCGUGCAAGAGCUGAUUUCUUUGAUUAAAUGUUCCAAAGUUCCUAUAAUAUGCAUGUGCAAUGACAGAAACCACCCUAAAAUAAGAUCACUAUCGAAUUAUUGUUUCGAUUUAAGGGUGAACAGGCCUAGAAUGGAACAGAUUAAGGGUGCAAUGCUUAGUAUAUGCUUCAAAGAAGGUCUUAAAAUAAAGCCAAAUAUUUUAACCGACAUUAUAAUGAGUACAAAUCAGGAUAUUAGACUCGUGCUCAACAAUUUAUCCUUACUCGCCGCAAGAAACGAUGCUAGCAUGAAUGUUUCUGCGAAAGACCUCAAACUCGGAGCGUGGGAUGUCGUCCGAAAAGUCUUCUCUGAAGAAGAGAACAAAAAUAUGUCAAUUCACGAUAAGUGUGACUUAUUCUUCAAUGACUACAGCAUCGCACCACUCUUUGUUCAAGAGAAUUACCUUCAAGUUACACCUCACUCAAAAGAAGCAAAUUCUAAAAUUGCAAAGAUGAAAAUGUUUGCAAAAACAGCAACUAGUUUGUGCUACGGAGAUCUUAUAGAUAAUGGCAUAAGAACACACAAUGCCUGGAGUCUCCUUCCCAUUCAAGCCAUUUUCAGUUCGGUGAUUCCCGGUGCGACUUUAUCAGGGCACAUGGGUGGGCAGAUUAAUUUUCCAUCUUGGCUUGGAAAGAAUUCAAAAAGGGGAAAGUUUGACCGUAUGUAUCAAGAAAUCCAAGUGCACACUAGACUGAAGACUUCAGGCGCCAAAGAUUCGAUAAUAUCAGACUACAGUUACGCUCUGAAAGAAGCUGUCGUCGCACCGCUCGUAACUGAAGGAAGUGGAGGUAUAGAAAAAUCAUUGGAUGUAAUGCGACAGUACAUGCUUGUCAGAGAGGACUUAGAUUCUCUUAUCGAGUUGACAACCUGGACGGGUGGGAAGAAUAAAUUUGCUGAUCUUGAAUCAAAGGUAAAAGCCGCAUUUACAAGGGCUUAUAAUAAAUGCCCAGUGUUAACUCCUUGUUCUGUGAUAAACGUGAAGAAAAUGAAAGUCUCCAAUGAUGAUGAUAUAAUGGAAGGCGAAGAGGAAGAAAUGGACAUAGAUAGUGAAGAUGUCAAUGAUGAUGACAUGAUUUUGAUUAAAAAGAAAAACAAAGACACAUCACAGAUAAAGGAAAAGAAACAAAAAGCGGGACCUUCAAAACCACGUGGUGGGAAAAAAGGUGGAAAGAAAUAGUAUUUUUGUUCAGUUCUAUCAUUGUUUUUGUACCUCUUUUUUCGUUUUUAAUGAAAAUAUUCAUAUAAAUAAUUUUUUAAAUUCAUAUUAAAUAUUAGGGUGAGUAAAUAAAAAUUACCGAUU